AUGUUACGGCAAACACCACGGAUAACAAAAGAGCGCCAGCGCGUCAGCCGGGCCUGUGACGCUUGUAAAAAGAAGAAGAUAAGAUGCAGCGGGACACAGCCUUGCGUGCGCUGUGUCGAGUGGAACAUCGAGUGUCUAUACAACGCCGAAUACAAUCGAGGGAAGCCGCGCUCAAGGACGUGGAAAGCCUGUGGCGACACCUUAGGUCGAGGGGGAGGAUCUGUAGCAGGGCUCAAUAGUAGCAAUAGUAGCAGCAGCACUAGCGCCGUCGACGGCACUAGAAGCAUUGGUGGUGGUAGCAUGGAUAGUAGCAGUAUUGGUAGUAGUUCUACCGCUGCUACUACUAUCAUUUCCACUGCCAGAGCUAAAACACACCACCACCACCACCACCACAGCCCAUUGCAGAUGGCGGAUACCAUGAUGCCCUCCUCCUCCGCUGGGGCCACCACCGCCGCAGCCUCAAACUCUAUCACGAACCCCCACUCACAGAUAUCCACGCCAGCGGCGAAUCAUGGUCGUACCUCUGUGUCCACGCCGCACUUGCACCCCUCCUCACUCCGUCCCGAGAGCUACUCCUCCCGCAACUCUCCAGAGCCCUUCCACACGGACCGUCAAGGCCAAUAUGUCGGCUCCUCAUCCGGCGUGUCGUUCCUCCUCCGCGUCCAGAAGCGCCUCCACCUGAUAAACUCGCCGGCGUCGAACUCGGCAAUCUUCCCUAGUGGUGACGGGCUACCGAGUAGCUAUGACGCAGCAUCGUUUAUCUUGCCGCCCAAGCAGGAUGCUCUGGAGCUGCUGGAGGUGUAUUUUAGCUAUGCGAUGCCUACGUAUCGAUUUCUGCAUAGGCCAACGGUCGAGGCCUGGCUGGACGAGUUCUAUGAGAACUUUGAAGAGGGCGGUUGCGAGAGGGAGAAAACGGCAAUAUUGUUGUUGAUCUGGGCGCAGGCGAAGAAAUACUCGGUGUUGACCAAGAGCCAGAAAUCGAGUGAUGGCGGUGCCCGAUACUUCCACGCAGCUGAGCGAUAUCUUUCAGCAGACACAGGCCCAAUACGCCUCACAAACGUGCAGGCCCGUCUCUGCCAGUGCUUCUACCUCCUGGCCUGCUCCCGUCUCAACCACUGCCGCUCCCUCUUCGGUACCAUCGCCCACCUCAUCCACGCCCUCGGGCUCCACCGCAAGCCUCGAAAGCCCCUCACCUCUGCUACUACACCAAUCGACCAUAUCGAGCAAGAGUGCCGCAAGCGUGUCUUCUGGUGCGCCUACAACAUGGACAAAUACCUCUCCGCAGUCCUUGGCCGCCCUAGUAUCUUCCACGACGACGAUGUUGACCAAGAGCUCCCCUCCGAGGUCAACGACGAAGACUUGCAGCGCGAUGGCAUAGCGGGCCUAGGUGGAAGGUCACAGUGCAUAAUGACGGCACCAGUCCUACACGCUAAACUCGGCCGCAUCCUCUCGGGCCUCCUCAAGGAGCUCUACAGCAUCCACCGCACGCCAAUGUCGCGAAGAGUCACGAUCGCGACGCACUACACCACGCUGCUGCAGGCAUGGCGGACGAGCCUUCCAGCGUUCCUCGACCCGGAUAAGGUGGAGCCUUCGCUCCUUAUCCCAAUCUUGCAGCGCCAGAGCCGCAUGCUGAGCUUAGCCUACGCACAUACGGUUAUAUUAAUUAACCGGCCGUUCCUGCUGAGUAGUUUUGCGAGUCUCAAGUGGCGGAAGGGCCAUGAGGCUGGCGAGUACGAGGGGAAUGUCCGCCAGUGUCUAGACGCAGCCAUGAUUAUUGCUGGGAUUGUGGACGACUAUAGUGCUGGGCAGCAGGUGUUUUCUGCCUUCUGGUUCACACAGUAUGUAGCUUUCUGUGCGGUCGUAAUACUCUAUGUGUACACGAUCCAACGCAAGCUCGACAGCCCGCUAGUGUGGGAAAAGUACUUCGAAGCGGCCGAGAAGUGUCAAGAGCAGCUCAUGACCGCCGCCAAAGACAACUCUCUCGCACAGCGGUACCGCAUCGUACUUGAAGAGCUGAAACUAGAAGCGACGGAACAGACGAGGGGGCAGCGGCAGCAGCAGGCGAUCGAUACGUUUGGGAUGAUGGGCGGGUAUGAGGGCGAGGUUUGGACGGAGGAGAUUGAGGAGACGAGUCCGAACAGUAUAAUGGCGGACCUGACGUCGUGGGAGGAGUUCGACUAUUUAGUGAUGGAUUGUAUGGGCAGCUCGGGGGCGGCGACGUUUGCACAGGGCGUGGGGUUUCAUGAUGCAGCGGCGUUGGGGAUUGCGUUGUUGUGA